UGUAACCAUACUAAGCAGAUAAUAUGUCUGUUGAUUACCUCUCACUAUACGAUCGGGAUGGCUUCAUUCCUUGUGUGGACGUCCUCGAUAAAUUUGAGACUCAACGACUCCAAGAAAAUUUUAAUGAGUUAGAAAGGGAAGCAGGAAAGAAGUCUUCUCAAUAUUCAUUCCACAACAUCCACGUGAAGCACCAGUGGGUGUUACAAGUCGCCACACACCCGAAUCUACUGAAGCCGAUAAGAGAAAUCUUAGGACCAAACAUCAUCCUGUUGGAUUCCAGAUUCAUCUGUAAAUAUCCUGACGCAGAAAUGCGUUCUGAGGGCGGAGAUUCAGCAUUUGUGGCAUGGCAUCAAGAUAUGAAAUACUGGGGAAUUGAGGGUAGAGUUGUUACUGCUUGGCUCGCUGUGGAUGAUGCAGAUGUGGAGAAUGGAUGCAUGAUAGUCAUCCCAGGAACUCAUAAGAAUGGUCUUGUAGAACAUGAGAAUUGUAUCGUUGGAGGAAAUCUGCUUAGUUCAAACCAAUCAAUUCCUAUCCAACUGGUUGAUGUGAAAUUAGCUCAACCAUGUCCUGUCAGAGCUGGGCAAAUGUCUAUCCACGAUGGGCUGCUCAUACAUGGAAGUGAGCCGAAUACGUCAUCAAGACGCCGAUGUGGUUUCGUCAUUAGGUACGUGGCUACAAGCGCCAGACCAAUCCAAGACCCAGAAAGACCACGCACCUUCCCAAGCACGGUUCUAGUUUCCGGUAAAAAUUACCACAAGAAUCUUGAGGAUAAUAAACCCGACUGGUUUCAAAUAACCUAUUGAACAUUUAGGUCGCUCUUGUUGAAGUUUUAUUCUGAAAGUUGUUUUA